UGCGACCCACAUUCUCCCCAGACCCCGAGAUGCAGGUCGUGAUGCCCCGAACUCUCCUCCUGCUGCUGUCGGGGGCCCUGGCGAUGACCCAGACCUGGACCGGCUCCCACUCCCUGAGGUAUUUCCACACCGCGAUGUCCCGGCCUGGCCGCGGGGAGCCCCGCUUCAUAGCCGUGGGCUACGUGGACGACACGCAGUUCGUGCGGUUCGACAGCGACGCCCCAAAUCCGAGGAUGGAGCCGCGGGCGCCGUGGAUGGAGCAGGCGGGGCCGGAGUAUUGGACCCGAGAGACGCGGAUCGCCAAGGUGCACGCCGAGAUUGCCCUCCCGAACCUGAAGACCGCCCUCCGCUACUACAACCAGAGCGAGUCCGGGUCACACAGCAUCCAGAGAAUGCACGGCUGUGACAUGGGGCCGGACGGACGCCUCCUCCGCGGGUACAGUCAGUUGGCCUACGACGGCGCGGAUUACAUCGCCCUGAACGAGGACCUGCGCUCCUGGACCGCGGCGGACACGGCGGCGCAGAUCACCCGCCGCAAGUGGGAGGCGGCCGGGGAGGCGGAGCGCUAUAGGAAGUACCUGGAGGACUCGUGCUUGGAGGGGCUCCGCAGGUACCUGGAGAUGGGGAAGGAGACGCUGCUGCGCGCAGAAUCUCCCAACACACACGUGACCCGCCACCCCAUCUCUGACCGUGAGGUGACCCUGAGGUGCUGGGCCCUGGGCUUCUACCCUGCGGAGAUCACCCUGACCUGGCAGCGUGAUGGGGAGGACCACACCCAGGACACGGAGCUUGUGGACACCAGGCCUGCGGGAGAUGGGACCUUCCAGAAGUGGGCGGCGGUGGUGGUGCCUUCUGGAGAGGAGCAGAGAUACACGUGCCACGUGCAACACAAGGGGCUGCCCGAGCCUGUCACCUUGAGAUGGGAGCCGCCUCCUCAGUCCUCCAUCCCCAUCUUGGGCAUCAUUGCUGGGGUGGCUGUCGCUCUCCUUGUGGUCACUGUGGUGGUUGGAGCUGUGAUCUGGAGAAAGAUGCACUCAGGAGGAAAGGGACCGAGCUACUUUCAUGCUGCACAUAGGCAAUAACAGUGCCAGGGCUCUGAUGUGUCUCUAACGGCUCCUACAAGGGCCCUCAGGGACUGAGUGAUGCAAGAUUUAUUCCCACUCACAUUGGUGCCAUCAAGAGCCCCUGACCUCUUUCUGCCAACAGUGUCAGAACGUGUCUGUGUUCCUAUCAUCAUAAUGGGAGGACGAAGGAGACUGGCCCACCCUGCUCACCAUGACCCCUCCCCAUACUGAUUCCCGUUCUGAUCUGCUUUCCUGUUCCAGCAGAGACAGGGCUGAACCAUCUCCAUCCCCAUCUUUAUUUCAUGUUGGGCUGAAUACUGAUGUUUUUCUUUCUUAUUGAAAAUGAGAACCAGAUACGAAUUCGAGUUCAUGUUUUGUAAUUCUUGGUAUGUGGGCAUGAUGAGGUAAUAAAGGAGAGGAUUUGUCAAGUUGCAACAGAAAAUAAAUGAAAUUACUGAGAA